AUGACAAAAAAGAAAAUUUUUUUCAUUUUCAGUGUUUGGUCUGAUAAAUUGGGAGAAGAAUUAUGGGAAAUAAGUAAACUCAUAACAAAACAUGGCGAGAUUAAAUCCGGAUAUACGUCAUUGGAUACGACGACCAAAGAUGGAGAAAAUCUACUCGAUGACAUAAUUAAAAACGUUGAAAAAAUGCUCGUUCAAAAGGCAAAUUCCGCAAAGUGCAUAGCGAAAACGGCGGAAAAAUUAAGAAGAGAUACUUAUUUUAUGAACGAUUUUAAAUUAGAAUAUUACAAUAUGAAAUAUUCGGCCGUAGAAGGUUCGGAUUCUAAUAAAAUGAUUCCCUGGACACUGGAUGAACUCACGGAAUAUAAAAACAUGUCACUCGAACCAAAUUCUAAUUUUUAUAACAUUCCAGUUAACACCAAUUACAGCGCAGUUCACAUACCUACUAACGUUUACGAUAGAUACCAACAUUUGGCUGAAACCAUUGCUUGGUCUGAAAAUUUAGACGAGAUUUUUUCAAAAAAUUAUCAGGCUGAUCCAUCUUUGGGAUGGCAAUAUUUCGGAUCCGCGUAUGGAAUGAUGAGACAAUUUCCUGCUAUGAAAUGGAGUACAAGUGACAAUGAUGUAGAUUUGUACGACUGCAGAAUGAGACCUUGGUUCAUAGAAGCAGCCACAUGUACAAAAGAUAUUGUUAUUUUAAUGGACAAUUCUGGAUCAAUGACCGGAAUGAGAAACACAAUAGCUAAAUUGGUCGUAAACAGUUUGUUAAAAACCUUCGGGAACAAUGAUUUCAUUAACGUUUUGAAAUUUUCCUGGAAGCCUGAAACCGUUAUGCCUUGUUUUAAAGAUUCUCUGGUUCAAGCAACGCCGGAAGUAUUAAAAAGUUUUCAAGAAGCCGUUUCGUUAGUUAAACCCGAAGGAAACGCGAGUUUUCCCAACGCAUUUUCUUAUUCUUUAAAUCUAUUAAAAAAGUACAGGGAAGAUAGAAACGCGACAAAUAAUUUAGGGGGUUGCAAUCAAGCCAUUAUGUUGGUGACGGAUGGACUACCGGGUAACGUGACGGAAGUUUUUGAAAAUUUAAAUUUAGAUGAAAAUGGUAUGCCGAUCGUUAGAAUAUUUACGUACUUGGUCGGUACCGAAGUAAAAGGCGUCGAAGACCUUCAGCAAAUGGCCUGUAGCAACAGAGGUUAUUACGUUCACGUUCACGAUCUUGAUGAAGUACACGAUCAAGUUCUCAAAUAUAUUCCGGUUAUUGCUAGACCAUUGGUUUUGCAAGGAAAAGAACAUCCUGUCGUUUGGACGAGUACCUACGCCGACGCAAACGAUCCUAAAUUAACAUGGUGGUUAUGGAAAAUAAUGAAUGACGAAGAACGGAAAAAACGUUUGAUUCAACACCAAACCAUAAAACGAGAAUAUUUUAGCAAACAAAGAGAAGAUUCAAUGUAUUUGAAAAAAAUCACUCAGGUUUGUCCAAAACCAAGCAAAUCAACUCAAGGAGAAGAAAAAAAUAUAGAAUAUUUGGAAUACAGAAUGAUGACUUCCGUUUCCGUUCCGGCAUUCGACAACAGAGAUAAUAAUGAAACAAUGGCAGCAGAAUUAUUGGGAGUUGCUGGAGUGGAUGUCGCAAUCGAUCAUAUCCAUUCAUUGACUUAUCCGUAUAAAACAGGAACGAACGGCUACGUUUUUUUGGUCAACAAUAACGGGUACCUGAUUAUGCAUCCCGAUCUACGUCCAGUGUUCGACGGUAUUCUCAAAAUCAAUUACAAUAGCGUUGAUUUAGCUGAAGUUGAAUUUUUAGACAAUGAAAAAGGUUAUAAAGACUUUAGCCCGGAUGUAAUGGACAUGAGAGACUCCAUGAUAAAUCAAAUAAAAAAUGUUUACUAUGAUAAAUGGACUAAAUUUCAUUACGACGACAUGCGUAGAGUAGGAAUAGAAAAAAGAAAUUAUUAUGUCAGACCACUGGUCGGAACUCCUUUUUCAAUAGGUUUAACCGUACCUUCCAAUUUUGCCGCUUAUCGUAUAAGUAAAAAUUUCAAAAUUGAAACCAACGACGUGGAUGAUGAUGAUGAUGGGAAUGAACCAGAUUUGGAAUGGACCGUUCAUCCAGAUUGGACGUAUUGUAAAUAUCAUUUUUCGAAUUAUAAAACAUUUGAUUCGAAAGAGGAUGAACUUAUUCAUUUCUUGGAAAAAAUCAAUGAUCCCGACUGGUCUUGGAAAAAACAAUAUCAAGAAUUAAAUUCUGACUCAGUCGAAUGUAAUCAACCCGAAUUGAAUGAAGAUGAUUAUUAUUGCGAUCGGGAUUUGAUGGAAUUAUUAAUGGUCGACGCUCAAAUUUUAAAAACCUUCAGAGAACCUAAAAUUCCUAAAAAUAGUUUCGAGACGAAGCUAUUGGAUACUUACAAUCCGAACCUGAGAUUCGUAGCGACACAAAGCGGAUUGACGAAAUGGCAAAUCGUACCGAAACCUAAACCUGAGGAAAACCUAACAUCGGAUUUCAUAUCCGCUUAUCCGAAAUCAAUAGACGAACCGUGGUACAAAAUGGCUGUUUUGCAACAUGAAGAGGAAGAAGAAUCUUUUGCGUUUUCCGUUCCGUUUAACACCGCGAACGAUGAUGAUGAUAAUCAUUAUGUUAUAUCAACUCACGCCAUUUUUCAUAAAAAAACUCACGAAGGUAAAAAAGCUCCGGCUGCUGUCGUAGGAUAUCGUUUCGAUCAGUCAUCGUUUUACGAUAGAUUUAUGGAAAUAACAUCUGAAACAGAUAGAUUUACUCUUCCCUGUCAUUCCGAUGCGAGAGAAUGUUAUGUUUUGGAUCAUAACGGUUACAUAAUUGUUUCGAGUAAAGACGUUAACGAAACCGGACAUUUUUUUGGAGAAUAUGAAAGUACCGUCAUGUCGCAUUUAAUUGAUAUUGGAAUUUACGAGGAGAAAAAAAUUUACGAUUAUCAGGGUCUUUGCAUAGAAGAAAUAGCCGUGGCAAAUAAAGCAAAUUUUCUUCUCAUGCCUUGGAUCGUCGUACAAAAUUUCAUAAUUAAUUUAUUUUGGACCUUGUUACAACUUUUAUCCCAAACGUAUAACAUAAAUUUAGUCGAAUCUCAACCUAUUGAUGAUUUUAGUAAGGAAACAUUUUCCAAUGUUUUCCGAUUAUUUGUCGAAGAAUUUCGAGAUUAUGAUAGUGACGAAUCAUUGUCCGACGAAGAAGACGAGUACGAAAUUGAAAAAGAAGAAACUUUAAAUUCGAGCGUUAGAAUAGAGAGAAAAACAUGGCCGUGCAAUAAAAACAUUUCCCUAUAUUUAUUACGGCAAAAUAUUUUCUCACAGAAACACAUUUACGGUGUCAGACAUAAUUCAUCCAGGUUCCGUUUCGUAAACAGAAUACCUCACACAAAUUUAGUUUUGGUAGUUUUAAACACUUUAUAUAAUCAAAACGAUGACAUUAAUUUGAGCGUGACGCCGAUGGUGUUACCAGAAGAAGAAUGUAGAGAUUUAAAUAUAUUACAUUUACCCAGGAAAAGGAACACGGCAUGUUUCACACAUCACGAAAAAGCAAGUACCAAUUUUUCCAGGAAGAAGAAAUUGAUUCCUGCGGGAAAGGACACGUUAUCAAAUCAUCGGGAACUCUAA